GUGUACUUUCUAAUGUAAUUAUUUCGAGGAAGUCAGUGUCUAGUUAGUUCAGAAACAGUACUGUUAUUUCAUUGUUUUUUUUUUUUUUUUUUUUGCAGAUAAAACGUAAACUAUGUGAUGUUAGGCUAUAAACGAAUAUUGAACCUAUACUUCACAAACUCAAGUUGGAAAAGCUCUUUUCAGCCCGUUGUUUGAGACGGAAUACAUGCGUCACGCGACAUGUAAACAAACAGCAGGAUGACAGAUUGACAUGAGUUUUGAUUGUUGUUUUUCAUUUCUUAUGUGUCUCUACUGCGGCCAUGCAAUCUAUCUGCACUUUAAAUAGGCAGUUGCAACGUUUGAAACGUUUUCAUGGAUACAUUGUCAAUUGGGAUAAAGUAGCAAUGAAGAUGUUGAUAUUCCGUAGACUGGUUCAGCGUUGGUCAAUUUUUUGCAUCUAAAUGCUUGUAUAAUUGUACAUUUGAAGACUACAAUGACUGUGACCAUGAAGGCAAACAAGUCCUACAAGCUUGUGGUGCACAAGAAGGGCUUUGGAGGGAGUGAUGAUGAGUUGAUGAUGAAUCCAAAGGUGUUCCCUCAGGUUAAACUGGGGGAUAUUGUUGAGAUUGCACAUCCAAAUGACGAAUACAGUCCUCUCCUGUUGCAAGUCAAGAGUUUGAAAGAGGACCUGCAGAAAGAAACCAUCAGUGUAGAUCAGACAGUAGCUCAGGCCUUCAAGCUGCGUGCCUACCAGGAUGUCAUCAUCAACAUUGUGGAUCCAAAGGAUGUGACUCUGGAUCUGGUGGAGCUGACUUUCAAAGAUCAGUAUAUUGGACGAGGAGACAUGUGGAGACUGAAGAAGAGCUUAGUGAGCACAUGUGCAUAUGUGACCCAGAAAGUCGAGUUUGCAGGCAUCAGGGCCCAGGCCAGUGAAUUGUGGGUUAAAGGAGAGAAGGUCACUUGUGGCUACAUUAGUGAAGAUACACGGGUGGUGUUCCGAUCCACAUCAGCGAUGGUUUACAUAUUCAUUCAGAUGAGCUGUGAGAUGUGGGACUUUGAUAUCUAUGGUGAUCUUUACUUUGAGAAAGCUGUCAAUGGUUUCCUCUCCGAUCUGUUUGCCAAAUGGAAAGAGAAAAACUGCAGCCAUGAGGUCACAGUAGUGUUGUUCUCUCGUACCUUCUACUCCGCCAAAACACUAGAAGAGUUCCCCGAGGCCCAGAGAGCCUCCAUCAGACAAGACCAUGAAGGACGUUAUUAUGAAGAUUUCUACAGGGUGGUGGCCCAGAAUGAAAGACGUGAUGAGUGGACAUCUCUGCUCAUCACCAUUAAGAAGCUCUUUAUCCAGUAUCCUGUGCUGGUGCGUCUUAAAGGAGCAGAUGGAUUCCAUUGUGGCCAGAAUUCCACAGCUGCUCAGGGAAAUUAUCUUGAAGCCAUCAACUUGUCGUUCAAUGUGUUUGAUAAGCACUACAUCAACCGGAACUUCGAUCGCACUGGUCAGAUGUCUGUAGUCAUCACUCCAGGAGUGGGUGUGUUUGAGGUGGACCGCUUGCUCAUGAUCCUCACCAAACAACGCAUGAUAGACAAUGGCAUUGGCGUAGAUCUUGUGUGUAUGGGAGAGCAGCCCCUCCAUGCUGUUCCACUCUUUAAGUUACAUAACCGCACGGUGCCUGGAGACUCCAGAAUCGGAGAUGACUACAACCUGCCUCACUGGAUCAACCACAGCUUUUACACUUCAAAGAGCCAAAACUCUUGCAGCUGUUUUACACCACGGAUCAAGCUGGCUGGACGGAAGGCUCAUGCUGAGAAAGCUAAAAACAUCAAAGAACAUGCUAUCUGUGCUCCCAAAGAUGAGAACAGCCUUCCCAUCCAGGUGGACUAUGAUGCCUAUGAUGCUCAGGUCUUCAGACUUCCUGGUCCCUCAAGAGCUCAGCGGUCCACCAACUUCAGGUCGAGUCGAGAGAGGGAAUCAGUCAGUAGGAAAAGCUGGGGCUCAGCUGAUGUCAGCGGAGGUCUAGUGGGCAACUCUCCCCCCACCAGACCCACCGGACCGGAGGAACAGAGGAGCCUGGCAUCAGACGACAGCCUGGGCCACAUCUCCAACAUCCUACUCAUCCCACGACCAGUUCAGGGCCAGUACGAGAUCAGCAGCUCCCUCGGGUACACCAGCUGUACAAGAGAGUUACUGGAGAAGAUGGUAGAAUCCCAAAGGGACUCCAGCGCUCCGGGUCGCUUCACUGUGGGUAGUGCUGAGUCCACCCUGCACGUCCGGCCGGGCGGUUACACGCCCCAGAGGGCCCUCAUCAACCCCUUCGCUCCCUCACGCAUGCCUAUGAAACUCACUUCCAAUCGGCGUCGCUGGAUGCACACCUUUCCCGUGGGUCCAUCUGGAGAGGCGAUCCAGAUCCACCACCAGACCAGACAGAACAUGGCAGAGCUGCAGGGCAGUGAACAAAGAGACCCAGCACGCACGUCCGCAGAAUUGCUGGAACUGGCCUAUCACGAGGCCACGGGAAGCAAGAGGACGUCAUCUCGUCACACAGGAGAGAAUGGACUGUACAUCACUGGAGGUUCUGACUGUGUCUCUGGAAGCCCAGCCAGUAGUAACAGCACUGGAACACCAAUGAAUCGCAGUUCCUUUGAGGACUACUCCAGCAGUCCAGAUCCAAUCCUGCUGCUGUCUGCCCCUCCGACAGUGCCUAGCUUCUGCUGUACAGUGGGGGUGGACUGGAAGUCCCUCACCACUCCUGCCUGCCUCCCCCUCACGACCGAUUACUUUCCCGAUCGCCAAACCCUGCAGAACGACUACACAGAGGGCUGUUAUGACCUACUGCCCCACACUGACCUGGAGAGGCGUGAUGACGAGGCUCCAGUGAUGAUGGCUUAUCAGGUGUUUGAGGAGUUCAUCUGUCAGAGGCUGAUGCAGGGCUACCAGAUCAUCGUACAGACCAAUAACAGAAAGCCACAGCCUGCUAUGGCCCCGGCCCUCAGCAGCAGCCCCCUCUAUUCCAGAGGGCUGGUGUCUCGGCGUAAAGCAGACGAGGAGGAGAGUCUGUACUGGCUCAGCAUGGGCAGAACAUUUCAUAAAGUCUGCCUUAAAGACAAGAUCAUUACUGUCACACGUUACCUCCCAAAGUAUCCAUAUGAAUCCACGCAGAUUCAGUACAGCUACAAUCUGUGCCCUCCUCAUGUAGACGCCCACUUCCUGCCUUUCUGGGUUGAGUUCAGCCACGAGCGGUUGGAAGAGUACAAAUGGAACUAUCUGGACCAGUACAUCUGUUCUGCUGGCUCAGAGGACUUUAGUCUUAUUGACUCUCUGAAGUUCUGGCGUACACGCUUCCUUUUGCUGCCAGCGGGUGGAGCCAGGCGAGUGGCGGAUGGUGAGGGCCACUGGGAUGUCUAUGGUGAGGGAAUGGGGGCAGGGCGGGAUGGCCUCUCUGGCACUGGGGACUGGUCUCUUUUGGAUGGAUUUAUCCGCUUAUUGGAAGGCCUGAACAGGAUUCGUCGCCGGCAUCGAUCUGAUCGAAUUAUUCGUAAAGGAGCUACCAUUAAAGGCCUGCAGGUGACUGGAACCCUCUCAUCUUACACUCCGGAGCCUAUAGGGCCCCCUGUGGGCAAAAAAGGCACCUCCGCCCUCUCUGCACUCUUGGAACUCGACCAGACGCAGAAGACUUUAGAAGAGCAGCAGCUUGCUGCCCAGCAUGCCGGGAAAUCAUGUGGCCCUUUCAGUGAAGCUGCCAACGUUGCCCUGACAACCACCUAUGUCGAUAGCCCCCGUAAGGAUGCUGCCUUCAUUUUGGACUUUAUUCGUAGUCCCCGUUCAUCCUACAUCUGUCACUCUCAGCUGCCAGCCGAACAGAUUCCAGCCAAUCACAUUGAUGGUGGGUUGACGGACAAAGGAAGCAACCAACCAGUUGAAAGAACAACAGCUACAUCUCAAGCCACAGGAGACCCGACCCCAGGAACUGGUUCAGAGGCGGGUGUGCAGUCAGGCUCCAGUGCAUUGAGCCUCUCCUCAUCUUCCACACUGAUGGAGAUCCUGGAAGCCAUUAAGCAUCCCAUCACUGGAGUGCAGCUGCUACCAGAGCAGAGAGGCCUGACACCCAACUGCUUUGUCAGUGCUGAGGUUGUACACUGGCUGGUCAGCACUGUGGAAAAUGUGGCCACACAGGGGAUUGCUGUAGAAAUCAUGCAGAAGAUGCUGGAGGAAGGUCUUAUUACUCAUGCCUCUGGUGAUGCCAUGCGGACGUUUGUCUAUGGCUUCUACCUCUACCGGAUUGUCGACAAAGACAGUGAAAAGGGUCCAACUACUCAACUGCCCCCAGCUGGAGCAAAUGUAUGGUCUGCAGCAGCUUUGGAGGACUUUGCCCUGUUCCAGAGGAAGUGGUUUGAGGUGGCCUUUGUUUUGGAGGAACGUCGGCCCUGUGACUUACCUGCCUUCCUGCUGCCCUGGCUGCCCAGUCGGCCAGCCUCAUACGCAAGUAGGCAUAGCUCCUUCAGUCGCAGCUUCGGAGGACGCAGCCAGGCUGCUGCACUGCUAGCCGCCACAGUUCCUGAGCAGAAAACAGUCACCUUGGAUGUUGAUGUAAACAAUCGCAGUGAUCGGACGGAAUGGUGCAGUUGCUAUUACCAUGGCAACUUCUCUCUCAAUGCAGCCUUUGAGAUCAAGCUGCACUGGAUGGCUGUCACUGCUGCUGUACUCUUUGAAAUGGUGCAAGGCUGGCACAGGAAAGCGGCGUCUUGUGGCUUCCUGCUGGUACCUGUGUUGGAGGUGCCCUUUGCUCUGCCAUCAUACCUGUAUGGUGACCCUCUGCGUGCCCAGUUGUUUAUCCCUCUCAACAUCCAGUGCCUGCUAAAGGAGGGCAGUGAUAACCUGUUUGAGGGCUUUGAGCCAGAGACCUACUGGGACAGAAUGCAGCUAUUUCAGGAGGCCAUACUCUGUAGAUUUGGCUUUGUUCAGGACAAGUUCUCAGCAUCAGCUUUUAACUUUCCAGCAGAAAACAAACCACAGUAUAUCCAUGUAACAGGUACUGUUUUUCUUCAGCUACCUUACUCAAAAAGAAAAUACUCCAGUGGACAGCGACGGCGCCGUAACUCCACUACCUCAGCAAAUCAGAGCUUGUUUGGCUCUGAGGAGCGGGUGGGCUACAACUGGGCCUACAACACCAUGCUGACCAAAGCCUGGAGGACCGGCGUGCUGGGGGACGAGAAACUGGCAGACCGCCUGCUGCGUGAUUUCACUGAUUUUUGUGCCAACAAGGAUAAUCGACUGUUGACCUUCUGGGAAAGUUGUGUGGAGAAAAUGAAUGCCAGUGCCCCUUGAUAAAAGAUACUGUAGGAAGGAAAUAAAUACUGUUUCAGAGAAAAGCAAGAGAGUAUGUCUGCUUUAAGAGCUAAUAUACUGCUGCUACCAUCUAAUCAGAAAGACAAAUAAAGCCAACAGCCUCAUCAUCAAACAUUCAAAUGGAUGAGUCACAUGUUUAUAGAGUGUCUGCAAAUGUAUCUGCAGUGCUUUUGGUCUCGAUGCCAUUACAGUUAUGAUUGGGUAUGAGUAAUUGGUAGGUCUUCAGCAAAUUGUACUUAGCAAUAAUAAUCGGCUAAUUCACGCUUCGCUAAACCAUACCUUAAAAAUGUUACUAAUACACAGAGAGGAUUUACAGUAUUUCUUCAACCCCUUUUCAGUUUUAUUUUUAGUGUGUAUAUAUAUAUAUAUAUACACACUAUAUUGCCAAAAGUAUUCGCUCACCCAGCGAAUUCCAGCGUGGUACUGUGAUAGGAUGCCACCUGUGCAACAAGUCCAGUUGUGAAAUUUCCUCGCUACUAAAUAUUCCACAGUCAACUGUCAGUGGUAUUAUAACAAAGUGGAAGUGAUUGGGAAUGACAGCAACUCAGCCACGAAGUGGUAGGCCACGUAAAAUGACAGAGCGGGGUCAGCGGAUGCUGAGGCGCAUAGUGCGCAGAGAUCGCCAACUUUCUGCAGAGUCAAUCGCUACAGACCUCCAAAGUUCAUGUGGCCUUCAGAUUAGCUCAAGAACAGUGCGUAGAGAGCUUCAUGGAAUGGGUUUCCAUUGCCGAGCAGCUGCAUCCAAGCCAUACAUCACCAAGUGCAAUGCAAAGCGUCAGUAAAGCACGCUGCCACUGGAUCUAGAGCAGUGGAGACACGUUCUCUGGAGUGACGAAUCACGCUUCUCCAUCUGGCAAUCUGAUGGACGAGUCUGGGUUUGGCGGUUGCCAGGAGAACGGUACUUGUCUGUCUGCAUUGUGCCAACUUUGAAGUUUGGUGGAGGGGGGGAUUAUGGUGUGGGGUUGUUUUUCAGGAGCUGGGCUUGGCUCCUUAGUUCCAGUGAAAGGAACUCUGAAUACUUCAGCAUACCAAGAGAUUUUGGACAAUUCCAUGCUCCCAACUUUGGCUCCUUUUUAAAUCAUAAUGAUAACAGAAAUCGCCCAAAUGGCCCUGAUCAAAAGUUUACAUACCCUUGAAUGUUUGGCCUUGUUACAGACACACAAGGUGACACACACAGGUUUAAAUGGCAAUUAAAGUUUAAUUUCCCACACCUGUGGCUUUUAAAUUGCAAUUAGUGUCUGUGUAUAAAUAGUCAAUGAGUUUGUUAGCUCUCACGUGGAUGCACUGAGCAGGCUAGAUACUGAGCCAUGGGGAGCAGAAAAGAACUGUCAAAAGACCUGCGUAACAAGGUAAAGGAACUUUAUAAAGAUGGAAAAGGAUAUAAAAAGAUAUCCAAAGCCUUGAAAAUGCCAGUCAGUGCUGUCAAUCACUUAUUAAGAAGUGGAAAAUUUGGGGAUCUCUUGAUACCAAGCCAAGUUCAGGUAGACCAAGAAAGAUUUCAGCCACAACUGCCAGAACAAUUGUUCAGGAUACAAAUAAAAACCCACAGGUAACAUCAAGAGAAAUACAGGCUGCUCUGGAAAAAGACGGUGUGGUUGUUUCAAGGAGCACAAUAUGACGAUGCUUGAACAAAAAUGAGCUGCAUGGUCGAGUUGCCAGAAAGAAGCCUUUACUGCGCCAAUGCCAGUUACAAUAUGCCCGACAACACCUUGACACGCCUCACAGCUUCUGGCACACCGUAAUUUGGAGUGACAAGACCAAAAUAGAGCUUUAUGGUCACAACCAUAAGCACUAUGUUUGGAGAGGGGUCAACGAGGCCUAUAGUGAAAAGAAUACCAUCCCCACUGUGAAGCAUGGUGGUGGCUCACUGAUGUUUUGGGGGUGUGUGAGCUCUAAAGGCACGGGGAAUCUUGUGAAAAUUGAUGGCAAGAUGAAUGCAGCAUGUUAUCAGAAAAUACUGGCAGACAAUUUGCAUUCUUCUGCAAGAAAGCUGCAAGGGUAUGCAAACUUUUGAGCACAACUAUAUCUAUCUAUCUAUCUAUCUAUCUAUCUAUCAUAUAUAUAUAUAUAUAUAUAUAUAUAUAUAUAUAUAUAUAUAUAGAUAUCAAUUCAGACAAUCCAAGGACAUUGUAUUAUUGUGUCAGUUGAGUAAAGCGUAGAUUAGACAAUGCAAAAAGUGGCUUUAGAAGUCAAUUUAUUGUUUGAUUUAUGUCCAUAUCAUUGAACAUAUAUCUAUCAUUGGCCUACAGUCCAGUUCUUCAAUCUGAGGUAGACUUGGGCUGUUCUCACAGGACUUAUUCUUGCAUUCCGUCAUAACACAUACAUCAGACGGGUGCUUUUGGAGCAUCUCAGUGCUUGUGUUGCACUUCAUUGGUUUUCAGCAUAUUUAGCCAUAAACGCUGUAUUUUUAGGAUGCUAUGUCAUGUUAAAUGUAGUUUGACACAUGCACUCCAUCCAGUUGGCUAAGAACAGCUGUCGGUUUGUUGUAUGUACAGCUAGAGUUGCGCUUACUGCCCCCCUCCAACUAGAAUUAGCAAAAACAUGGAAGUGUGUUUUUAAUGUGUUCUUUUUUAUAUAUAUCAUUUAUCACAGUGAUUUAAUGUGUUAAAUGGACAGCCUUUGUUGUAAAUGUAAUUAAAUUAGGCUUUUCUCUUUCUAGUUGACUGCGAUAAAUUUUUGUCUGGAUUCUGAUUCGCAGAUUGUUUUUAAUUGUGUUCUUGCGUAAUUUAACAAUUUCAAAACAAAAAUGCUUUAUAAUGUCACUUUUCAUUACAGCCCACGGCAGAAUAUAUCCAUAUAAUUUUUACAACUAGGCACAUUUUACUGAAAAUUGCACAACAGAUAUCGGAAAUUCAUUCCAAUGGGACAUUCUGUAAAGCUUGUCUGACUGAGUAACAGUACCCAAGGGAGAUGGAGCUUAGUGAAGGGGCAAUUAAAAUUUGGUCUUAAGGUGCCAAUUUUACUUUGCCUAGCUGGUCAGGAUGUUUUGAUAGUGCCACUAGAGGGGUUGUGGUCAAGGAUAUAACUGGAUGUCAUGGUAGGACAUUAAUAUGCCAGCUGUAAAAAAUAAUCUGCACUUAUAUACCGAAGGAUAUUGCAGGAAUUAAGCAAGGACAUCAAAUGUAUUAUGAAAAAUAAUAAUAAAACCCAUUACACCAA